ACCCCAAAUAUUUAGUGUAUUAUGGCCAUUAACCGAUGUAAUCCGAAACACAAAAAUGGCGUCAAACAGCAAGCGUAUGGUGUAUGUCGGUGGACUGUCAGAGGAAGUAGAUGAGAAAAUUCUGCAUGCUGCAUUUAUUCCAUUUGGUGAUGUGACAGACAUAAAUGUCCCACUGGAUUAUGAGACAGAGAAACACAGAGGAUUUGCAUUUAUAGAGUUUGAACUAGCAGAGGAUGCUGCAGCUGCAAUAGAUAACCUGAAUGAUUCCGAGUUGUUCGGUAAAACAAUCAGAUGCAAUCUUGCAAAACCUAUGAAAGUGAAGGAAGGUCAUGCUAAAGCAGUGUGGUCUGAAGAUACAUGGUUACAAGAGCAUGCUGGGGAGACUGUAGCUAGUGAUGACAAGGAAAACACCUCACAAUCCCCAACAAAACGACAGGCACAAACAGAUACUGAUGAUGAGCCAGCAGGUAAAAGAUCUCGGACAAGUUCACAAGUGUUCUUUGAUAUAAAAAUAGGAAACAAACAAUCAGGAAGAAUUGUUAUACAGUUGAGACCAGAUGUUGUGCCAAAAACUGCAGAAAAUUUCAGAUGUUUAUGUACACAUGAGAAAGGGUUUGGUUACAAAGGCAGUUCAUUCCACAGAGUUAUACCUUCAUUUAUGUGCCAAGGUGGAGAUUUUACAAACCAUAAUGGAACAGGUGGAAAAUCUAUAUAUGGUUCUAAAUUUGAAGAUGAAAACUUUACUUUGAAACACACAGGACCAGGUACAAUGUCAAUGGCAAAUUCAGGACCAAAUACAAAUGGGUCACAGUUUUUUAUAUGUACAGAGAAAACUGACUGGCUGGACAAUAAACAUGUUGUUUUUGGAAAAGUGAUUGAAGGAAUGGACGUUGUAAGGAAAAUAGAGAAAUGUGGUACCAAGUCCGGGAAAAACCAACAGAUAAAGUUAAACAUUGUAAAAUGUGGAGAGCUGGUUUGAAAUAUAGGAUCUUUUACUGAUGUGGGCUUAAUGCUGGACAUACAGGCUCUAAUUAAAUAGGUGCUGCAGCUUCUGUACCAACUAAAUUAAUUACCAAAAAGCAUGGCUCGAACGGAUUCUGGCAGAAUGGAUUUUUAUUAUGUGUUAA